GGUAACACGAUUAAAAUUGAACUUCCGUUUCUGGCGGCCAUCAUCCUUGUAGCGGCUUAGUCUUUGACAAAGUAACAGAGAGAUGGCCGGACGACGAACAGCCAUUAAGGCCAUUGACUGGCUGGCCUUUGCAGAGAGAGUCCCUCCUAACCAGAGAGCCAUGUUUAACAACCUGAAGACCUGCAGUGACGCCAUCUCUGCCAGACUUGCUUCACUGCCAGAGAAACCAGCACCCAUUGACUGGAGUUACUACAGGAAGACGGUGGCUAAAGCAGGCAUGGUGGACGAGUUUGAGAAGAAGUUUGCUGCUUUGAGCAUUCCUGAGCCAGUGGAUACCCAGACAUCUAAGAUCAGUGUGCAGGAGCAAGAGGCUAACCAGAGCGCUGCAGCCUAUUUGGAGGCAUCCAAAGUUCGCAUUGCUCACUAUGAGAAGGAGCUUGACAAGUUGAAGAACAUGAUUCCCUUUGACCAGAUGACCACUGACGACCUGAACCAAGCGUUCCCUGAGACCAAGCUGGAUAAGGAGAAGUAUCCAUAUUGGCCACACAAGCCUAUUGCCGAAUUGUAAUUUAUUAGCAAAGUCUAAUUGUAAAUGUAAUAAAUUCUUCAGCCCUGGAUUAUAUUA